AUACGCCUCACGCAUGCGUGCUUAUGGACAUCUUCAGCUUGGAAAUAUUACAAUUUUAUUGAUUUUUCUGUAUUUUUGCCCUUAUCUUACAUUUGUUCUAUGCAGAGUUUAAAUGAAAUAGUUUAUCUGUGAAUUAUCCAGGAACAGUUAAGGUCACAGCGUUCGGAAGAUGACGAGGGAUAGGUUGGCCGCCCUGAAAGCGGCCCAGAGUGAUGAAGAUGAAAGCCAAGAUGAUGUUACAGUUACUUUGGAUGGAGGAGGUGGUUUUAUGGAAGAAUUCUUUGAACAGGUUGAAGAAAUACGAGGGAUGAUAGACAAGAUAGCUGAAAAUGUAGACCAAGUAAAAAAGAAACACAGUGAAAUUCUAUCUGCUCCAGCCACAAAUGAAAAAAUCAAAGAAGAAUUAGAAGAACUAAUGGCUGACAUUAAGAAAACAGCAAAUAAAGUUAGAGCUAAGUUAAAGGUUAUUGACCAAAAUAUAGAACAAGAAGAACAUUCCAACAAAUCUUCAGCAGAUCUUAGGAUACGAAAGACACAGCACGCCACAUUAUCACGUAAAUUUGUGGAAGUUAUGAAUGAGUACAACGCGUGUCAGGUUGACUACCGUGACCGCUGCAAAGCACGCAUCCAGCGACAGUUGGAAAUCACUGGCAGGUCAACAACUAAUGAUGAAUUAGAAGAUAUGUUAGAAUCUGGGAACCCUGCAAUAUUUACACAAGGAAUCAUUAUGGAAACAGAACAGGCAAAAAGAUCCCUUGCAGACAUAGAAGCAAGACAUAAUGAUAUCAUAAAAUUAGAAAACAGUAUAAAAGAACUCCAUGACAUGUUCAUGGAUAUGGCUAUGUUGGUUGAACAGCAGGGGGAAAUGAUUGACAGAAUAGAGUACAAUGUGGAUCAGUCAGUAGACUACAUUGAAACUGCUAAACAAGACACAAAGAAAGCAGUGAAAUACCAAAGCAAAGCUCGACGGAAAAAGUUCCUGCUCAUCAUAUGUUGUGCAGUACUCCUCCUAGUGAUUAUCUUUAUUAUCAUUCUCUCUGUGUGCCUAAGUGGUAACCGAUGUGGUGGUAAUAGUAGCUAGCACCUUUGCCACAACUUUUGAAAAAGAUUAUGAUGAUAAUUUGCUGCGUGGUGUUACUAGGAGUUAUAGCCCUCAUCAUUGGUAUCUCAGUUGGCGUCAUGUGAUUAUUGCACGCUAUUUCGACACAUUACUGCAUGUAUGUUGCCUGCAGAUCUGGCAUGAUGAGGAUUUUGGACGUUGUUUUGGGGGAUCAAAGUGCCAAUAUUGGGGCAUUCCCUGUGGCUUAGACCUUAUGGAAAUCCAAGACUAGAGA